GGUUGCCGCAGGGAGUAAAGUUUUCUGACCGUUUAAGUUUCGCUUUUACCUUCGGCUUAGCGUUGCGGAGAGCAGACGCAGCGAGAGGACUGGGAAGGAGAGCCUGUUCGUCGUGGGUUCCACGCGGAGUCUAAAUAUUGGCAGAAGAUAUCUGUUCCUGUGUUGCCAAUGAUGGCUGAAAAUACUACAAAUGAUUAUGCUGAUGCAGUGGAUGCAAAACCUUCAAGAACUGAUCGGUUAUCCAUCUUUGGAAAAAAAAAGAAGAAUGAAUGGGAAGGUCAACCAGAGGAUUCUUCUGGUAACCAAUAUCGAAUUAUUAUCCCUACGUUCCAAUAUAAUAUAGCCUUUAAGAAGCUUGGUAAAUGCAUUAUUAUAAACAAUAAGAACUUUGCAAAAGAUACAGGGAUGUGUAUACGAAAUGGUACUGACAAAGAUGCUGGUGACUUGCAAACAUGUUUUCGGGACAUUGGUUUUGAUGUUUCCAUUUAUAAUGAUCUCAGCUGUAAGAAAAUGAGGGAAAUCCUUGGUGAAGUUGCCAAUGAAGAUCACGGUGAUGCUGCUUGUUUUUCCUGCAUAUUAUUAAGCCAUGGAGAUGAAGGCCGCAUCUACGGCACAGAUGCAUUCAUGGCAAUCAAGGAUUUGACAGCACUUUUCAGAGGAGACAAAUGCCAAAGCCUAAUUGGAAAACCCAAACUGUUCUUUAUUCAGGCAUGCCGAGGUUCUGAAUUUGAUGAUGGGAUUCAGACAGAUUCAGGUUCUUCAAAUGACACCCUGGAAAUGGAUGCCAAUCCAAGAUACAAGAUUCCAGUUGAGGCAGAUUUUUUGUAUGCAUAUUCCACUGUGCCAGGUUAUUAUUCCUGGAGAAAUCCAGGGAAAGGCUCCUGGUUUGUGCAGUCUCUUUGCUCAGUGCUGAAUGAGUAUGGCAAAAAAUUGGAGAUCCUGCAGAUUCUGACCUUGGUUAAUUACAGAGUAGCAAGAAACUAUGAAUCUCAGUCUGAUGACCCACGCUUCUGCAGGAAGAAGCAGGUUCCUUGUGUGGUAUCCAUGCUAACCAAAGAACUUUAUUUCUGUAAAUUGGUGCCACCAGCACAGCACAUUUAAAAUACAUAAUGCAUUAUAACUUGCAAUAUAUUUUUAAUCCAAGCAGAAGGCAGUCAUAGAUCUAGAGUUAAAAUUGAUAUAAGACAUUUAAAAUAUGCAAUACCAAGAUUACCUCAGUCAAUUAAUAUAUUGAUUUUCACAGUGCCAUAUGUUUCUGUGUUGUUGGAGGUGCCUAUUCCUUCUUUCUAUUUUCACCAGAAGCAAUCACAAUAUUUCUCUGGGGUCUUCCUUUCCAUCAUAGAAAUAGCUCAUUUUUCCUCUAUUAAUUACUUUUUUAGAUUCAUCAUUAAUUUAUAAGAAUAAUUUUAUAUAUUUGUUAAAUACUUCCAUCUAUAAUAGGAAAAAAGUAUUAUCAAAGUUCAUUUGAUGAUCAGUGAUAAAAUGGUUGAGAAAUCAUCCAAGGAUGCUUGAAUGCUCUUUUACAUCCCAAUCUACAUGUAAAAUCGCUAGGUGAGAUCCAUAUUUAGUCUAUUAUAAAUCCAUUAUUUUGUGUAUCAUUUGAUUUCAUUAUUAUUAAUUUAAAUUCCAUAAUUUCAGUGGGUCUACUCUAAGUAAGGUCCAAUCUAUUCACAGUAGUUCAACUGUUAAUUUCUCUGUUCUCCCUGUUCUCCUUUUUUUUAGUAACCAAUUCUUAUAAAUGUAAGAUACAUAUAAAUUUCUUAUUUUUAUCCAAAAAUCCUUUUCUUAGAUCAAUGAACAAUAAACACAGUUUACAA